GCUCUGAGGGUGUGUGAUUCUUCCGGUGGCUGUUCAUUCUCGCGAGGUGAGCCCUAGUGGUGUCAUCUACUAGCCGUUAAUCAGUGGAUUCUCUGAGGAAAUCUGUUAUUUCUCAAUGUAUGAUUUUCCUAUCCUGAGUUUUAGAAGCGGACAGGAAACGGAGGGAUAUGCGCCUAGGCAAAUGUGGAUACAUCUUACCGAAAGCGCGAGGGGAGGGAAACAUGUAACCGAGCGUUCGGAGCGGCACCUGACACUUCGUGAGCAGGACUAUCUGUCUGUUGUAUCCAACCGUUAUUUUAUUAUUUGAAGUAUUGACACACAGUAUUUUCGUGUUUUCCGUUGGAUAUUAUCGUCGACCGAAGACUGCAAAAAUGAGCGAGGAAGUAUCAGAGGUCCCCAAAGAACUGCUUGAGAGUGUGAAGGAUGCAGUGGGGAGGAAGAUCAAGCUCUCGGUGAAGAAGAGAGUCAAACUAGAGAUCAAAGGAGACAAGGUGGAGAACAGAGUCUUGGCUCUUGCAUCUCACCGGGCCUACCUCCUGACUGCACGCAUCCCUAGCAAGAUUGAACACAACUUCAAUUAUUUAGAGAUACAAGGGAUCACCUGUAACAAGCCCACACAGUUGACGGUGGAGUAUGAGAGAGGUGUUGUGUCUCUGAAGCUGGCCUCUACAGAAGAGGUGAAUGAGGUGGUGGCUCACAUAGGGAUCUGUCUACAGAGGAUAUGUCCUGGUCUAUCACCACUCAAGCUGAUGAAGAAGCUGAGUAUGGAGCCUCCAGAGAGGAUCACCAGCCUACAGACUCUUUGGGACAACCACAAAGUAGCAGAGCCAGGACCAUGUGGGGGUUUCUCUCAGAUGUACAGAUGUGUGUGUGACUGGCUGGGUCUGCCCUACAGAGAGGAAGUUCAAUGGGAUGUAGACACCAUCUAUCUGACUCAAGACACACGGGAUCUCAACCUGCAGGACUUCAGUCAUCUGGAGAAUAGGGAUCUGGUGGCUAUAAUAGCAGUAUUGGAGUACAACCAAUGGUUCACAAAGCUCUCCACAAAGGAUUGUAAACUGUCAGCAGACGUGUGCGACCAGAUCCUUCGGGUGGUGGCCCGGUCCAGUCGACUAGAGGAACUGGUUCUGGACAACGCAGGACUCACUAGGGAUUUUGCACAGAAGCUGGCUUAUGCCCUCGCCCAUAACCCCAACUCAGGACUCCACACUAUCAACCUUUCCAAUAACCCACUGGAGGAUCGAGGAAUCGCCUCCCUGGGUGCACAGUUUGCCAAACUCCCUAAGGGGCUCAAGCAUUUCAACUUUUCCAAAACCUCAUUGUCACCCAAAGGGGUGAACAGCCUUUCCCAGUCACUGACUGUCAACCAGUCCAUCCCUAGCACCCUCACCCACCUGGACCUCUCAGGGAACAUACUGCGGGCAGACGACAUCCCGCAUUUCUACCAUUUCCUGGGCCAACCCAACAGCCUGAUGAUUCUGGACCUGUCCAACACAGACUGUUCUCUGGACCUGGUGUGUUCUGCUCUUCUGAGGGGCUCCGUCCAGAACCUCUCUGUCCUCAACAUGUCCAAGAGUGUAUUUGCACAUAGGAAAGGCAAAGAUGUGCCUCCAUCCUUCAAGCACUUCUUUAGCAGCGCCAUGGCCCUCAGCUGCAUCAACCUUUCAGGAACCAAACUCCCUCCAGAGGCAUUGAAAGCUCUUCUGCUGGGUCUGGCCAGUAACCCCAACAUAAAGGAAGUGUCUUUAGACCUCAGCUGCUGUGAGCUUGGUCACUGUCUCAGGUCUGGGGGGUCACAGAUCCUGGAGGGAUGCAUCGCUGAGAUCCCCAACAUCUCCAGUCUGGAUAUCUCUGACAACGGUCUGGACUCUGACCUGUCCACUCUGCUGGUGUGGCUGGCCAAGAACCGAUCCAUCCGACACCUCUCACUGGGGAAGAAUUUCAACAACAUCAAGUCCAAACAUCUUGCCCCUGUCUUGGACAACCUGGUUCAUAUGAUUCAGGAAGAGGAAUCGCCCCUGACGUCUCUGUCCCUGGCUGACUCUAAGCUGAAGACAGACCUGACCAUUGUGCUGAAUGCUCUGGGCAGCAACACCAGUCUGACCAGGGUGGAUAUCAGUGGGAACGCCAUGGGAGACAUGGGGGCCAAGAUGCUGGCCAAGGCCCUGCAGAUCAACAGCAAACUAAGGACGGUGAUCUGGGAUAAGAACAACGUCAGUCCUCAAGGUCUUCAGGAUGUAGCAGCUGCUCUGGAGAAAAACUUCACCAUCCGGUUCAUGCCGAUCCCCAUCAUCGAUGCGUCUCAGGCUCUCAAAGCCGGCCCUGAGAAGACUGAGGACGCCCUGCUCAAGAUUGAGAACUACCUGUUCCGGAACCAUGAGACUCGUAAAUACCUCCAGGAGCAGGCCUACCGCCUCCAACAGGGGAUCGUUACCACCACCACUCAACAGAUGAUUGACAGGAUCUGUGUGAAAGUCCAGGACCAUCUCAACUCCCUGAGGAACUCCGAGACAGACGUGAUCUUAGACGACGUCAAGACGGCCGAAAACCUGAUGAAGGAUGCCAGGAACUCCAAAACGCUGCUUCCUAACCUGUACCACCUGGGAGCAGCAUCCAGAGAAGAGGUCAACGGUCAGUCAGUAGGACCCAUCCAGGAGAAACUGGAGUCCAUGGCUGGAGAGGUGGCCAGGGUCAUGGAUGAACAGCUACAGAGUCUGUUGGAGUCCAUGGUGGAUGCUGCGGAGGGUCUGUGUCCCCAUGUGAUGAGGAAGACUAACCUUCGUCAGGACCUGAUCAAAGCCAGCACAGCUAAGAUGGUGGUCCCCCGUAGCUUUGUCAAGAACACCCUGCUGGAACAGUCUGGAGUUGACAUCAUCAACAAGAUCAGUGAGGUAAAGCUAAGCCUGGCUUCCUUCCUCUCAGACCGUAUCGUAGAUGAGAUCCUAGAAGCCCUGUCUGGCUCUCAGCACACACUGGCUGACCACCUGGUGAGGAAGGGGCGUCCUCUGGUCCAGCAGGAAUCUAUGGACCUGGACGCACCCGAGGAGAGGGCUCCUAAACGGGCUACCACAGAGCUGAAUGAGGCAGAAAGGCUGGAGGACCUGGAGACAUGCAUGAUGACUCCCAAGUCCAAGAGGAAAAGCAUCCACAGUAGAAUGCUCCGUCCAGUGUCUCGUGCCUUUGAGAUGGAGUUUGACCUUGACAAGGCCCUGGAAGAUGUUCCUAUCCACACAGAGGACCCCCCUGCUCCUGCACCUUCCCCUGCCUCUACCCUCUCUAGGUUAGAGAAGAGACCGUCAGGGGCCAUGGGAGAACUGCCUUCAGAGGAGGCAAAGAAGCUGCAGCACUUCACCAAACUACGGCCUCGCAGGAACAAGAAGAUGCAGUCCAGUAAGAUACCACAAAUCAGCAGCACCACGUCUCAUGAUGGAGAGCAGAACGGCCUGCAUGGAAGGGUUGAUGAGGGGGUGGACGAGUUCUUCUCCAAGAAAGUCACCAAGAUGGACUCCAAACAUUCUCUAAAGAGUUCAGACUCCCAGGACGGAGAGAAGAAGAGGAGUAAAGGAGGUUUCCUCAACCUCAUCAAGUCUCGCACCUCUAAGUCUUCAGACAAAGACAAGUCAGAGAAGAACCAGUCUACCCCAGCUCCAGCCCUAACCCCAGCUCCAGCCCUAACCCCAGCUCCAGCCCUAACCCCAGCUCCAGCCCAAGCUCCAGAACCACCAACCAAGGUCAAAGAGGCCAAGACCCAGCCCACCCAUCCCAGCCAACUCACCCAGCCCCUGGACUGCAGCAGCAGCUCAGACCGGUCUGAGGAGCUACGGACCCCAGAUUCCAUGGAUGAGGUGUCGGAGGGGGACAGUAAGGGUAGUCCCCAGGGGGGGAGGCGCUACGGGGUGCAGGUGAUGGGGACUGGACUUCUGGCGGAGAUGAAGGCCAAGCAGGAGAGACGUGCCUUCGGAUCACAUAAGGACCAGUAUGACCAGUCAUCCAGUCCAGACAGACCAGACAGCAGUGCCAUCGUGAAGGGCCAGCCUACCCCAACAGAGAGCAGGUCUCCAGGUGGCUCCAAGGCAGAGGGAGUGGUGGUGGUUGGCUCCCCAGAGAAGAGCCCUCGAGGUGGGGAGGCCAAGCCAGAGACGGUCCCUAGGAACCGCACUACCUCCAGCUCCAGUCCCAAGCCCCCUCCUCAGGGCACCAAGCCAGCCCUCGCUGCCCGACCCUCCAUCCCUCAGAAGCCGCGCACCAGCAGUAGCAGGAGUAUAGAUGAGGUCUGUGACUCCCCUGGAGGGAAUGUGUCUCCCAAGGUGGUAAUGCUGCCUCACGGCCUGAAGAGGGUCCCCUUGGACAAGGACAAGGAGGGGCAGGGCAGUCCUCUACUGGGGGGCGCGGGGAGUAGCAAAAACCCCUCUGCUCAGACAGAAGACGGUAGCGUGUUUGAUUCUGAUCAGGAAGCUGACAGGCCAAUCACAGCCCUCAGAGCCCGACACGCCCGCCAAUCACCUACCAGCACCGAACAGGAAGUGGGAGAGCACGAGAGCAGGAAGGCCCUCCCCUGUACUGCAGUGAAACCAGGCUCAGUAUCAGACCCUGCCAAACACCAGAGCCCCCACCGCCACAACUCUGAGGACAACGGCUCCAAACCCAAGGACCAAUCCCCCAACCCUGACAGAGACAAGGGACCGGGGGGAAAGUCUUCCCAAUCUGGAGAAGAGGCCGACAAAGACUUUAUUUUUAUAUGA